AUGGUGAAGGAAAUUCUGGCAAUUACCAACAGCAAGGAUACAACAACAGCAUUGCGCUGGAAAGUGUAUCGGAUAGUGGAGAGUGUCGUCGCCUGGAAUAAAAACAACGAAAGAAACAGAAACGCCAAAAAAAAAAAAAGAAGAAAAUACACAAUUAAUGCUGUGCGGCGUUUAGAGUUGUCGUCGUUGCGCUUUUUUAUUGCGGCCACAGAAAGUGAAUCAACACCAGCAGCAGAAGCAGCAACAACAACACCGUCACCAGCAUCUUCACCUGCACACGGCGUAUCGGUAAAAGGUCCCACAAACACUCAAGAGGAUCCCCAGCGACCACUCAGGUGCCUAGAAACACUUUCCCAGAAGGCAGGCAUCUGUUUAGACGAGGACAUUGCCAACAGCCCAUCACAAUCUCCAAGCACCAAGGCACGUGGAACAGCCGGAACACCACCCAUCAAGCGGCGCCACCCACUACUGCCGCUUCUAAGCAGCUCACCAAGUACACACAACUCAAAAACACGCAGCAACAAGCUGGAGAAGUCACAGAGUCCCGCCCAACAGGUGGCGGCCGCUACCAGCGUGCCGCUACAGAUCUCCCCUGAACAGCUGCAACAGUUCUAUGCGAGCAAUCCCUUUGGCAUCCAAGUGAAGCAAGAGUUCCCACCACACACAACUGGCGGAGGGGGCGCAGAGUUGAAGCAUGCUGCCAAUAUCAUUGAUGUCCAGCAGCAAAUGCAAUUGCAGCAGCAGCUCUCAGAUGCCAGUGGAGGCGGAGGAGCGGGAGGUGGAGCAUCGGGGAACGCAGGAGCAGCAGGAGGAGCACCUAGUCCAGCAAAUUCUCAGCAGUCCACCGCCAUCAGCACCAUGUCGCCAAUGCAGCUAGCGGGGGCCACUGGAGGAGUGGGCGGGGAUUGGACUCAGGGGAGGACUGUGCAGCUGAUGCAGCCCUCUACCAGCUUCUUGUACCCGCAGAUGAUUGUGUCGGGCAAUCUAUUGCAUCCAGGCGGCCUCGGCCAGCAGCCCAUCCAGGUGAUAACCGCCGGCAAGCCCUUCCAGGGCAACGGUCCCCAGAUGCUCACUACCACAACGCAGAACGCCAAGCAGAUGAUCGGAGCACAAGCGGGAUUCGCCGGAGGCAACUACGCCACCUGUAUUCCGUCAAACCACAACCAGUCGCCCCAGACGCUGCUUAUCUCGCCGGUGAAUGUCAUCUCGCACUCGCCGCAGCAACAACAGAAUCUACUGCAGUCGAUGGCCGCCGCCGCCCAGCAGCAGCAACUUACCCAACAGCAGCAGCAACAGCUAAGCCAGCAGCAACAGCAACAGCAACUCACCCAGCAGCAACAACAGCAGCAGCAACAGCUGACAGCCGCUCUGGCGAAAGUGGGAGUGGAUGCGCAGGGCAAACUGGCCCAGAAAGUGGUCCAGAAGGUGACCACUACGAGCAGCACAGUGCAGGCGGCGACGGGUACAGGGUCCGCUGGAACGUCACAGGCCCAGCAGGUACAGCAGGUCCAACAGCAACAGCAGCAAACCACCCAAACCACUCAACAGUGCGUCCAAGUCUCGCAGUCAACUUUACCAGUCGGAGUCGGCGCCCAGUCGGUUCAGACUGCCCAACUCCUGAACGCUGGACAAGCGCAACAAAUGCAAAUCCCCUGGUUCUGGCAAAACGGACUGCAGCCCUUUGGCUCAAAUCAGAUCAUCCUGCGAAACCAGCCAGACGGGACCCAGGGCAUGUUCAUCCAACAGCAACCGGCGACACAGACCCUGCAGACGCAGCAGAACCAGAUCAUCCAGUGCAAUGUGACCCAGACUCCCACCAAGGCACGCACCCAACUCGAUGCACUUGCUCCCAAGCAGCAACAGCAGCAGCAGGCAGGCACUACUAACCAGACCCAGCAGCAGCAGCUAGCUGUUGCCACUGCCCAAUUGCAGCAACAGCAGCAGCAACUCACGGCAGCAACUCUGCAGCGGCCUGGAGCUCCAAUUAUGCCUCACAAUGGAACCCAAGUGCGUCCAGCCAGUUCCGUAUCCACACAGACAGCUCAAAACCAGAGUUUGCUGAAGGCCAAGAUGCGUAACAAGCAGCAGCCCGUGCGACCCGCUCUACCCACCUUGAAGACAGAAAAUGGUCAGGUCGCAGGCCAAAAUAAAGUGGUGGGUCACCUGACCACCGUGCAGCAGCAACAGCAGGCAACGAAUCUCCAGCAGGUGGUCAAUGCGGCGGGCAAUAAAAUGGUUGUGAUGAGUACGACAGGCACUCCCAUUACCCUCCAGAAUGGACAGACUCUCCAUGCAGCCACUGCGGCAGGAGUGGACAAACAGCAGCAACAGAUGCUCAUUCAAAAGCAGCAAUUCCUACAGCAGCAAAUGUUCCAGCAGCAGAUCGCUGCCAUUCAGAUGCAGCAGCAGGCGGCUGUUCAGGCCCAGCAACAGCAACAACAGCAGCAAGUCACCCAACAACAGCAGCAGGUAAACGCCCAGCAACAGCAAGCGGUGGCGCAACAACAGCAGGCGGUUGCCCAGGCACAGCAACAGCAAAGGGAGCAGCAGCAGCAAGUUGCCCAAGCACAAGCACAGGCGCAGCAGCAGCAGGCACUUGCCAAUGCUACUCAGCAGAUCCUGCAGGUGGCGCCCAACUCAUUCAUCACACCCCAGCAGCAGCAACAACUUCACAACCAGCUGAUCCAGCAGCAACUGCAGCAACAGGCUCAGGCACAGGUCCAAGCCCAAGUGCAGGCCCAAGCGCAGCAGCAACAACAGCAGCGUGAGCAGCAGAGCAUCAUCCAGCAGAUUGUAGUGGGUGGAGCGGUGGGAGCGACCGCCCAACAGCAGCAGCAGCAAUCGCAGCAGCAAACCGGACAGCUGCAGUUGAGCAGCGUGCCCUUUUCGGUUUCUUCGACGACGACGCCAGCUGGCAUAGCUACCUCCAGUGCUCUGCAGGCAGCUCUCUCCGCCUCAGGCGCCAUCUUCCAGACAGCUAAGCCUGGCACUUGCAGUUCCUCAUCGCUUCCCACCAGUAGUGUGGUCACGAUUACCAAUCAGAGCAGCACUCCCCUGGUCACCAGCAGUACAGUGGCCAGUCUGCAGCAGGCACAGGCUCAGGCUCAAGCUCAAGCUGCUCAGAUCCAACAACAACAGCAGCAGCUAAUCAAUGCCACCAUAGCGGCAGCAUCUCAACAGCAGCAACAGGGACCACCUUCACUUACACCAACAACGCCCUCACCCACCACUAAUCCCAUUCUGGCCAUGACUUCGAUGAUGAAUGCCACUGUGGGCCACUUAUCUACUGCUCCGCCGGUGACGGUUUCUGUGACUAGCACUGCUGUUACUCCAUCGCCGGGUCAGCUUGUAACGCUCAGCAGUGCUAGUAGCGGGGGAAGUUUUCCUGCCACGCCCACAAAGGAUGCGAAUUCGAAAGCACCCACCGCUACUCUGGUGCCUAUUGAUUCGCCAAUGACGGCUGUAUCUGGUCAAGACAUCUGCACCACACCCAAAUCCUCCGCUUCUGCAAAUAUCAGUUCGUCCGUAGAGGCCAGCAGUUCCACGAGUGAGGCUCUGCCCAAUGGAGAAGUCGCAGAUCGGGCGUCCACGCCAUCGAAGACACCUACCACUCCCAGCAGUAAGCAAAGCAAUGCAGUUCAGCCGACGAGCAGCAGCACCACUCCCAACACUGUUAGUGGAAAGGAGGAACCCAAGGUGACUACCUCCAGUUCGUCCGCUACUUCAACGCCAACCACGACAACGAUUAGCAAUGGGAUUGGAAUUGCCAGAAUGACAGGAAGCACCACAGCUAGUACCACCGCUACCACAACCACCACCACUUCUAGCACUUCGACCACAAGUUGCACCAGCACCACCACAACCACUACGACGAGUAAUACCAAUGGUGCUAAGGAUCUGCCUAAGGCGAUGAUAAAGCCAAAUGUGCUAACCCAUGUCAUCGAUGGUUUUAUCAUACAGGAGGCCAACGAACCAUUCCCUGUCACCAGGCAACGGUAUGCUGACAAGGAUGUCAGCGAUGAGCCGCCAAAGAAAAAGGCAGCCAUGCAGGAAGACAUCAAGCCAUGUGGGAUCGCGUCGGCUCCAGCAGCGGAUAUGGUUGCUUGCGAGCAGUGUGGCAAGCUGGAACACAAAUCGAAGCUCAAACGGAAGCGCUACUGUUCGCCAGGGUGCGCCAGACAGGCGAAGAAUGGCAUCGGUGGAGUGGGCUCAGGGGAGACCAACGGCCUUGGAACAGGCGGCAUUGUUGGAGUGGACGCCAUGGCGUUGGUGGACAAACUGGACGAAGCUAUGGCCGAGGAAAAAAUGCAGACAGAAGCCCUACAGGCAAUGUCCGAAUCGCUGCCCAUCCAAGCGGCUCCAACAGAGGUUCCAUCGAUUCCAAUGCCGGUGCUAGCGGCUAUCCCAGCGUCUUCCCCGCUUUCGUUGCCGCUGGCAUUGCCGUUGCCAGUUGCAAUACCUCCUGUACCUAUGGCAGUAGCUCCGCCUGGAGUGGUCACUCCUGCAGUGGCACUUCCAUCCUCCAAUGUGAAUGUGAAUGGAUCGGAUCGCCCGCCAAUCAGCAGCUGGAGUGUGGAGGAGGUUAGCAACUUCAUUCGAGAACUGCCUGGAUGUCAGGACUAUGUGGACGACUUUAUACAGCAGGAGAUCGACGGCCAGGCGCUCUUGUUGCUAAAGGAGAACCAUUUGGUGCAUGCCAUGGGCAUGAAGUUGGGCCCAGCCCUUAAGAUUGUGGCUAAGGUUGAAUCCAUGAAAGAGGUUCCUCCACCAGGCGAUAUAAAGGACACUGCGCUCGGAGGAGCGCAAUAGUGUCAGCGGGAUGAGCCAGGUGAAAUGAUGCCAUCGCCCUCGUACUCGAUUACACCGCCACCUUACUCGCCGGUGGGUCUGGGAAUGGACAGUCAAACCGCUCCAACUCGCACAGCUCCUGGCAGCACUCCGCCAGAGUCUGAAGAUAGCAGCGGGGGCAGUCACCUGUGCUACGACCUGACCACUCGACUCUGCCACGACCUUCGGCUGGAGGAGGAGCCAUAGCUCUGGACCGGGUCCAACCAGGUCCGUCGCCCAAGCUGAAUCUGAUUCGCUUGAAGCGAGCUGUAGAACUUUUUGUACGUAAUCUAAACUAAACUAGCGGGGUGUUCGCGUAGCUCAAAUAGCAGGCCGCCACAUGUAUGAUAAAGCAUAGACUGUUAUCCCAGUCAUCGAUUCAUCAACUUGUAUAGAACUUCAUCACUACACCUAAGCGCUAAGGUAUUUAUUUAAACGAUAUUAUUCAUUACACUAUGAGCAUAAAGAAAUCACUUAAACUAGAGGUAAGCUGGGAAUACGUAUUUACAUAGUUAGAAUUAAAAAUGAAGCCUGAAGUAAUUCCUAAGUGAAACUGAAUUGAAUACGACAACCUAAACAUGUAACUUAUUGAUUAAUUUAGGGCAUCUGAAAUACAGUCGGAUUUCCAUAGCUCGAAUUUGUGGUCCGAGUCUUUUAAAAAAUUUUAACCACCAACUACCAUUUCUUUGUCCAUAACAAAUCCGUUUAAAACUAUUGGCUGGCUAUCCCCCAAAAUAAGAACAAUCAAUAACCGCAAAAUGUGAAUAUUUAUAGUUAGGAAAUCUCCUUAAAUUCUAAAAAAAAGAAAUUAAUCUGAGUUAUGGAAGUUCGACAGUGCUAACCUUAGGUUACACAUAUACAUACACGAGCAAAUAUAUUAUAAGAUAUAUAUAAAUUAUUUGAAAGUUCCGUGGUUGUACACCUUAUUUUUUUUUACAAAACCUUUUUUUUCCUAUUGCUGAACAAAAUAAAAACUGUCGCCGUAUAGUAAUUAAUGAACGUGAA